AUGUCGCGUCUCAACUAUAGCAAGUGGGAUCACAUCGAGGUUUCUGAUGAUGAAGAUGAUACUCAUCCAAAUAUAGACACACCUAGCUUAUUUCGAUGGCGACAUCAAGCACGCCUAGAAAGGGAUGCUGCUUGGAAGAAAGAAAAAGCAGAGUUUGAAGAAAAUUAUAAAUCGUUUCUGACUAAAUAUAACGAAACACAACAGAAAUUAAAUAAAGCUAAGGAGGCUGGUUCAGACAACAUGCAGGAGUUACAGAAAAAAUUUGAUGAACUCGAGGUGGAAGCUAAAGAAUGGUCAGUAAAAGUGGCUGAAAUACAAAAGAAAGAACGACUUAGACCUUUAAAUAUUGAUACAAUUUGCAAAGAUGCGAAAUCGAAGACGGUUAUUAACUCGCCCAAACUUAAAUAUGAAGAGAAUCUAGACUCAACAUCAAAUUCUGAAGAGGCCGCAGUGAAUCGUUUAAAAGAAUUUGUUAAUAAGCAUAAUAAAACUAUACGAAAAUUUGGACUAUUACAAAAACCAUUAGAUUCACAAAAUUUUCUUGUUAAAUAUCCUGAUUUAGUAUGUGAAGAAACAGCUAAUCAACUUGUAAUUUGGUGUAUUGAUUUAGCUAUGGAAGAGAAAUUUGAAUUAAUGGAACAUGUUUCACAUCAGUGUAUAGUGAUGCAAUUUAUGCUUGAAUUAGCAAAAUCACUAAAAGUUGAUCCAAGAGCGUGUAUUCGACCAUUCUUUGCGAAAUUUAAGAAUCCUGAACCAGAAUAUCAAAAAGCUUUCAAUGAUGAACUUUCUGCAUUUCGAGAAAGAAUUAGAGCUCGAGCAAAAGUUCGUUUAGAAGAAGCUAUGAUGCAAAUUGAAGAGGAAGAAAAGCAAAAACGUCUUGGUCCUGGUGGUCUGGAUCCAGUUGAAGUUUUUGAGUCGCUACCAACGAAUCUUCAAGAGUGUUUCGAGAAAAAAGAUGUUGAAUUAUUAAAAACCGUAUUAUGCAGUAUGGAUCCACAACAAGCUGAGUAUCAUAUGAAAAGAUGUGUUGAUAGUGGCCUAUGGGUGGAUAAUGCACGCGAACAACAAGAAGAAGACGGUGAAUCAUCAUCAAACGUUAAUACUGAUGGCAAUGACGAUGUUGGUGCUACCAUUCAAGCAAAUGAAGAACUAAACCAUGAUAACGCCUAA